AUGCGGUUUGGAGUUAAUCCUUCAGGAAGUCGCUUCUUGACCAUCGCCGACUGCCUGCGAUGGUCGAGCACCGGUGAUGACUCUCCACAAACGGCAGCAGUGUCUUCCAGGUGGCUUUCAAGAGAACAACUUUGUACACUGGUAUCAGCAGCCUCCAUGAACUUGGGCUGCAGUAUGUCCUAUUCUAUUCUUGGGCCCUUCUUCCCCAAGGAGGCUGAAAAGAAGGGCGCUAGCAAUACAGUUAUUGGUAUGAUCUUUGGAUGUUAUGCUUUGUGUGACUUGCUGGCAUCUUUGGUAUUUGGAAAAUAUCUCGUACGUAUUGGAGCAAAAUUUAUGUUUGUGGCAGGAAUGUUUGUCUCAGGAGGAGUUACAAUCCUCUUUGGUGUGUUGGACCAAGUUCCCGACGGACCGACCUUUAUUGCCAUGUGCUUUCUGGUGAGAGUGGUCGAUGCCAUCAGCUUCUCGGCAGCCAUAACCGCAUCCUCCGCCAUCCUCGCGAAGGCCUUCCCAAACAACGUGGCGACCGUAAUGGGAAGUCUUGAGAUUUUUUCAGGACUCGGCCUAGUGCUCGGGCCUCCGUUAGGUGGCUUUUUGUAUCAAACUUUUGGUUAUGAGGUGCCUUUUAUUUUUCUGGGAGGCAUAGUUCUGCUGUUUGUUCCACUCAACAUGUAUAUUUUACCUAAUUAUGACGCUGAUCCUAGUGAGCAGUCAUUCUGGAAACUCAUCACUUUGCCCAAAGUGGCCCUGAUAGCCUUUGUCAUCAACUCGCUCAGCGCCGGCUUCGGCUUCCUGGACCCGACACUGUCUCUCUUUGUCUUGGAGAAGUUUAAUUUACCAGCUAGCUAUGUGGGACUCGUGUUCCUGGGCUUGGCGUUGUGCUAUGCUAUUUCUUCACCACUGUUGGGCCUUCUGAGUGAUAAAAUGCCAUAUCUAAGGAAAUGGUUUCUGGUCUUUGGAAACUUAAUCACAGCGGGGUGCUACGUGCUCUUAGGACCUGUCCCAAUCUUGCACAUUAAAAGUCAGCUCUGGCUGCUAGUACUGGUGCUGGUUAUCAACGGCAUCUCUGCUGGGAUGAGCAUAAUUCCAACUUUCCCGGAGAUUCUCAGCUGCGCACAUGAAAAUGGAUUUGAGGAAGGACUGAGCACUUUAGGACUGGUGUCUGGUCUCUUUGGCGCAUUGUGGUCCGUUGGUGCUUUUUUAGGACCUACCCUGGGAGGAUUUAUGUAUGAGAAAAUUGGCUUUGAGUGGGCAGCAGCGAUACAAGGCCUGUGGCCUCUGAUAAGUGGACUAUCAAUGGGCUUAUAUUAUCUACUGGAACACUCAAGGAGAAAAAGAUCUCUACCUCUUGGCAUUCCCAGCACAGAGGAGGAACGGACCACCCUCUUGUCUAAUGAAAUCUAAUCCUCUGAAUCCUGGAAUGAUAUGAGUCUGGGAUACAGAACCUUCUGAUGUUGUGCAUUACAGCUGGUUUUCAGAAUCUUAGGCAUCAGCUGCAUGGAUCAGACCCCAGGACCAUGCAACGUUCAGGACUAGGCACACUUCGGAUUACCCAUACUCUCAUCGUCAAAGCUGGCCUGGGGAACCCGCCUUAGUUGAAAAUUAAAUAUCAGAAGCACAGUGGAAAACCACACAAGGCUAUUGUUAAGUGGCUCAGCUUUUCCUUGAAGGUGUUGUUAUUGACUCCACUUGAUCGGCUGCUUCUUCUGUUUACCUUUUAUCCUAAGUGCACUGAUUCUGUAAAUGUACUU